UGAGCAUCUCGAGCAUCAUCAACAACUUUCUAUUGAUCGAUGAAGUCUAAAGUACAGACGAGCUUUAGACAGAAUGCGUCAUCGAUUGGGCGAUGGGGAAGAUCGGCAACGAACCCGGUAACCAUACCCGGCAGUACGGCCAGCGGUACGGCUGAGGGGUACAGCUACACGCUGACCGGUAGUCCUAGUCCUCCACACAGUCCUCCCAUCAAUAUGCCACCACCAAUACCGCCUCGACCUGUGAUACGACAGUCCAGCUUUACCAAGAUAGGGUACAUGAUCAAUACGGCAGUGAACGGAACUAAAAAGCAAUUCAGCAGCGGCAGUAGCAGCAACAGCAGCAGUAGUAACAGUGGUAAUGGCGAAACAUCGUGGUGCUUUUCACAGAUAAAGGGUGCCCUGGAUGAUGAUGUUACCGAGGCCGACAUCAUUUCCUGUGUCGAGUUUAAUCACGAUGGUGAACUUUUGGCCACCGGUGAUAAAGGGGGAAGGGUUGUUAUAUUUCAGAGAGACCCCUCUUCGAAGGCAUCAACACCGCGGCGGGGUGAAUACAACGUGUACUCCACCUUUCAAUCGCACGAACCAGAGUUCGAUUACCUAAAGUCGCUCGAGAUCGAGGAGAAGAUUAACAAAAUCAGAUGGCUGAAGCGAAAGAAUCAGUCGCAUUUUCUGCUUUCGACCAACGACAAAACGAUCAAGCUGUGGAAGGUGUCCGAGCGCGAUAAGCGCGUCGAAGGAUACAAUACGCGGGAGGACAAUGGUAGCAUUCGCGAUCCGGCCUCUAUCAAUGCGCUGCGCGUGCCGUCGAUCAAACCGAUGGAUCUGAUGGUGGAAGCGUCCCCGCGUCGUAUCUUCGCGAAUGCACACACCUACCACAUUAACUCGAUCUCGGUGAACUCUGAUCAGGAAACGUACCUGUCGGCGGACGAUCUGCGGAUCAACCUGUGGCAUCUAGAAAUUACGGACCAGAGCUUCAACAUCGUCGACAUCAAGCCGGCAAAUAUGGAGGAACUGACGGAGGUGAUCACCGCAGCCGAGUUCCAUCCGACCGAGUGCAACGUGUUCGUUUACUCGAGCAGCAAGGGUACAAUUAGGCUAUGUGAUAUGCGCUCUUCGGCGUUAUGCGACCGGCACGCGAAGCUGUUCGAGGAGCCGGAGGAUGUGGACACAACGAACAAAAGUUUUUUCCGCGAAAUAAUCAGCUCGAUUAGCGAUGUGAAACUGAGCAACUCGGGUCGCUACAUGAUCUCGCGGGACUAUCUGAGUAUUAAGGUGUGGGAUUUGCACAUGGAAACGAGACCUAUCGAAACGUAUCCGGUUCAUGAAUACCUCCGCACGAAGCUGUGCUCGCUGUACGAAAAUGAUUGUAUCUUCGACAAGUUCGAAUGUUGCUGGAAUGGCAACGAUUCGGCAAUUAUGACCGGCAGCUACAACAACUUCUUCCGCAUCUUUGAUCGCAACACGAACAAGGACGUCACACUGGAAGCAUCACGCGACAUCAUCAAACCGAAGACGGUGUUGAAACCGCGCAAAGUGUGCACCGGCGGUAAGCGGAAAAAGGACGAAAUCAGUGUUGACUGUUUGGCCUUCAAUAAGCGGAUCCUGCACACUGCUUGGCAUCCGCUCGAAAACAUCAUCGCCGUGGCCGCCACCAAUAAUUUAUUCAUAUUUCAGGAUAAGUUUUAGCCAAUAGUAAUAGUAGUAGUGAGGAUAAUUAUAUAUUAUUCUAAUUGUAAUGAUGAUGAUUAUAAUUAUUAUUAUUACUGAGUUACGUUUCCUUGGGCG